AUGGCUGCUGAGCUGAAGAAGGAAUUGUAUGGCGGGGGUGUCGGGGGUGAAGACGGGAAGCUGUCGACUGAUCCGGAGUGGGCUGAUGUUGAGCCUGUUGUGCUUCAGGAGCCGGAGGGGGCGCUGGCGGCGAUUGCGUAUCCGGAUGAUUAUGCUGAGGCCAUGGCCUACCUCCGCGCGGUGAUGCAAGCCAAAGAGCACUCCCCACGCUGUCUGCGCCUAACCGAGCACAUCAUCGAGAUGAACCCGGCGCACUACACAGUCUGGCUAUACCGCGCAGCCAACGUCUUCGCCCUCAACCUCCCCAUCCUCGACGAAAUCACCUGGCUCAACGAAGUCGCCCUGCAAAACCUCAAAAACUACCAAAUCUGGCACCACCGCCACCUCCUCGUCGAGAACUACCACCCCCUCAUCGCCUCCGACCCCGCCGCCAUCUCCGCCUUCGCCGCCUCCGAGCGCGCCUUCAUCGCCCAGAUGCUGUCCGAGGACACCAAGAACUACCACGUCUGGUCCUACCGCUCCUACGUAGUCUCCAAACUGGGGCUCUUCGACGACGCCGACGAGCUGGCGGCCAUCGAAGGGUUGAUCGACAAGGACGUGCGCAACAACUCGGCCUGGUCCCACCGGUUUUUCCUCGUCUUCUCUAACCCGGCCUAUGCCACGCCCGGCGCGGCCGCUACGGCGUAUGAUGCCGGCGUGCCUGCGGAGGUGGUCGAUCGGGAGAUUGAGUAUGUGACGGGGAAGAUCCGGCUGGCGCCGCAGAAUCAGAGCGGGUGGAAUUACUUGCGGGGUGUGAUGGUGAAGGGCGGGAGGAAGUUGGCGAGUGUGGAAGGGUUUGUGAGUGAGUUUGUGAUUCGGCUGGGGGAGGAAAGGAGUGAGGGGGGUAAGGAGGGAGAAGGAGAAGAAGGAGAAGGGGAGGAUGUGUUGAGCACGCAUGCGCUGGAUUUGCUGGCGGAGAUUUAUGCGGAGAAGGGGGAGAAGGAGAAGGCGGAUUUGAGUUUGAGGCGGUUGGGGCAGAAGUGGGAUCGGAUUCGGGUUGGGUAUUGGGAGUGGCGGCGGAAGUGCUUGGAGGUGGGCGCGUAG